GAUAAUGGCCUGAUGCUGGUGGUUGCUCCAAGUUCGUUCCUUGGCUCCAAAUUCCUGGAGGUUGCUUCAGGUUGGCAGAGGUUGUGCUACUGUGGAAAGAUGCCUAUUGCGUCCGCCGACUCUCCCAAGUGGAAGACGGGACGCGUACGGUUGACGACUUUGGAGGAAGACCUAAGGAGGACUCGGGAAGGAGCAACAAGCCACCCCGGGCCGCCUGCAGUCGGGUGA